AGCCCUAUGCAUUAAUUCAUUGAUUUGUUUUGGCAGGCAAAAGAGAGCAAAUGGAAGAGAAAAAUGAAGCAACCCCAAAUGAAACAAGAGUUGAGGAAUUCAUUCUUGUUGGCUUCUCUGUGUCUCAGUAUUUAAAGUGUUUUAUCUUUAUCCUUUUACUUUUCAUGUAUAUCUUGACUCUUUUGGGAAACACAGCCAUCAUCCUUCUAGUAACAACAAAUAGUCCUCUCCAUACUCCCAUGUAUUUCUUGCUUUGUAACCUCUCCUUUCUAGAGAUUUGGUAUACUACAGCGUCUAUUCCUAAGACCCUCAGCGUAUUACUAGGAAAAAGUGGAAAUAUUUCAUUCAUGGGCUGCAUUUUGCAGAUGUAUUUUGUUUUUGCCUUUGGAUGCACAGAAUAUUUCUUGUUAUCUGCCAUGGCAUAUGAUCGAUAUUUGGCCAUAUGUUAUCCUUUGCACUACCACACUAGGAUGAGCAUCAGUCUCUCAAGAAAGUUGGCAGCUGCUUCAUGGCUCUGUGGAUUCUUCAUAAUUUCUAUACCAGCCUUUCUGAUCACAAGGCUAUCUUUCUGUGGCCCCAGUGUGAUCAAUCAUUUCUACUGUAACAUUGAUUCCUGGAUUGGUCUCUCCUGCACUGACACAUAUGACAUUGAGAUGGUGGUUUUUGUCAUAUCUAUUAUAGUAAUCUUGGGUUCCUGUGUGAUAACUCUUCUUUCCUACAUUUCCAUCAUUUCCAUCAUCCUGCACAUCCCUUCAGCUAAAGGACAGCAAAAGGCCUUUUCGACAUGCUUCUCCCACCUUGCUGUUGUGAUCAUUUGGUAUGGCUCCACUGUUUUUUUGUUUGUCAAGCCUUCCAAACAGGUGCCAUCAGAAAUAACAAAAAUAGUGAACAUCUUAAACACAAUUGUGACUCCAUUGCUAAAUCCUUUUAUCUACACAUUAAGAAACAAAGAGGUGAAGCAGGCAUUUAGAAAUAUUUUACACUGUGUUCAAAGAAAAACAUACAUUUAGUAUUUCAAAAGAUUUAAACAUGAAAUGAGCUAUAUUUAAAGUCAAUGUGCAAUCAAAAGCAUCAUUACUUUUCAACUGGACACAAUGGAACAAAUUAGCCAAUUAGCAAUGGAACAGAAUUGUCAGGGCAUUGCUACUGCAUUAAGAAUGAUAACUCC